AUGCCCCAAACAUGGUUGUCAAGAAUCCUGGCAGGGAGGUCAGUUUGCUUUUGUGCUACGUGUCCCUGGUGUCUGAGCGGUUGGCUGGCAGUCAUCAAGGAUCAGGUAAUGCAGUUUGUUGAGCCAAGUCGGCAGUUUGUGAAGGACUCAAUUCGGGUGGUUAAAAGAUGCACUAAACCUGAUAGAAAAGAAUGCCAGAAGAUGGCCAUGGCAACAGCAUUAGGAUUUGCUAUACUGGGAUUCAUUGGCUUUUUUGUAAAAUUAAUCCUUAUCCCUCUUAAUAACAUCAUUGUUGGCAGCUGA